GGGCGGCUGGCGGCGAUGGCGGCGCGGAGCGGGCGGAGGAGGCGCCUGGCGGAGCUGACGGUGGACGAGUUCCUGACCUCGGGCUUCGACUCCGAGUCCGAGCCCGAGCCCGAGCCCGACGCGGCCCCCGGCGCGGAGUCGGCGCCACGCGGAGGCCCCCGGAGCCCGGAGACGCGCGGGGAGGCGCGGGGCGGCAGCCGGCGCAGAGGCCGCGCCUCCGAGCACAAGGACCAGCUUUCUCGGCUGAAGGAUAAAGACCCGGAGUUUUACAAGUUCCUGCAGGAGAACGACCGGAGCCUGCUGGACUUCAGUGACUCUGAUGGCUCCGAGGAGGAAGAGGGCCAGCUCCAUGCCCUGCCAGACACGCUGGAAGAAGCCAGCGAGGACGAGAGUGAAGAUGGAGUCGCUGGGGACAGGAAGAAGAAGAUGGGGGAUGCUGUGCCCGUGACCCUUGCCAUGGUGGACAGGUGGAAGCGGAUGGCCAAGCAGCACCUCACUCCACGGCUGCUGCACCAGAUCCUGCAGGCAUUUCGAGCUGCGGUGGCCACCACCCAAGGAGACCAGGAGAGUGCUGAGGCCAGCCGGUUCCAGGUCACUGACAGUGCUGUGUUCAACGCACUGAUCACUUUCUGCGUCAGAGACCUCUUUGCCUGCCUUCAGAAGCUGUUGUUUGGGAAAGCCCCGGAGGAGGGCGGCAGGGUGCUGCCGCCGUCCAGUAGCCCGCUGUGGGGGAGGCUCCGGCUGGACAUCAAGGCUUACCUGAGCUCCGUCCUGCAGCUGGUGACUUGCGUGACCGAGACCACUGUAGCAGCAGCCAUUCUUCGGCAUGUCAGCCACUUGGUGCCUUACUUCCUGACCUUCCCCAAGCAGUGCCGCGUGCUGCUCAAGAGGAUGGUGGUCUUGUGGAGCACGGGGGAGGAGACGCUGAGAGUGCUGGCCUUCCUGGUGCUCCUCCGAGUCUGCCGGCACAAAGGCACCUUCCUGAGCCCCGUUCUCAAGCAAAUGUACAUCACCUACGUGCGGAACUGCAAGUUUACUUCCCCUAGUGCCCUCCCGCUCAUCAACUUCAUGCAGCGCACGCUGACUGAGAUGCUUGCCCUGGACCCUGGCUCGGCCUACCAGCACGCCUUCCUCUACAUCCGCCAGCUGGCCAUCCACCUGCGCAAUGCCAUGACCACGCGCAAGAAGGAGACGUACCAGUCUGUGUACAAUUGGCAGUUUGUACACUGCCUGUACUUGUGGUGUCGUGUGCUCAGCACCAUCCGCCCCAGUGAGGCUCUCCAGCCACUGAUCUACCCCCUUUCCCAGGUCAUCAUCGGCUGCAUCAAGCUGGUCCCCACGGCUCGUUUCUACCCGCUGCGUAUGCACUGUGUGCGGGCCCUGACCCUGCUCUCGGAGAGCACCGGCACCUUCAUCCCUGUGCUGCCUUUCCUCCUCGAGGUUUUCCAGCAGGUUGACUUCAAUCGGCGGCCCGGGCGCAUGAGCUCCAGACCCAUCAACUUUGCUGUGGUCCUGAAGCUGUCCAAAGUCAACCUUCAGGAGAAGGCAUACCGGGAUGGCCUCGUGGAGCAGCUGUAUGACCUUACCCUGGAAUAUUUGCAUAGCCAAGCCCACAGCAUUGCCUUCCCCGAGCUGGCGCUGCCAGCUAUUCUGCAGUUCAAGUCUUUCCUCCGGGAGUGCAAGGUCGCCAACUACUGCCGGCAGGUGCGCCAGCUGCUGGAGAAGGUGCAGGAGAAUGCAGAGUACAUUGGUAGCCGCCGCCAGCAGGCGUCUUUUGCUGUGUCUGCCCGGCCCGCAGUGGAUGCCUGGGAAAAGCAGACGCGGGAGGCAGGCACACCGCUCACCAAGUAUUACAGCCAGUGGCGGAAACUGAGGGACCGAGAGAUCCAGCUUGAGAUCAGCGGCAAAGAACGGCUGGAAGACUUGAACUUCCCAGAGAUAAAACGGCGGAAGCUGGAGGACAGGAAGAACGAGGACAGGGUGGAAUUCAAGGACCUUUUUGACCUGGACAGUGAUGAAGAGAGUACUGCAGAUGCCACAGAGAGAGAGUCACCUGGGUGCCUGAGAACUCGGCAGAGGAAGGAAGAGGAGGGCAGUAGCAGUGACGAGGUGGCAGGCAGUAGCAGUGACGAGGCGGCAGGCAGUGGCUCAGAGGAUGGAAACCCAGACGUGGAGGCGGGGCUGCUGCCUGGGGAACUGUGGAGUCUGGCUCAGGGGCCAGAUGACGAACUGCAGGACCUGCAGCUGUCGGAGGAGGAGGACUGAAGCGGUGUGGUGCCAUCAGCCAUUGCUGCGCUCCUGCACGUGCUGCGCCUGUGGGGCUGCAGCUCACUGAGCAGCCAUGGCCCUGAGGCCCGUGUCAGACCAUCUUGGGGGGAGGCCAGUAGAUGCACAAGAUUUUUUUAAUACUUUUUUACCAUAUGAAAAGACCA